AUGGAUUCGGAGAUCGAAAAACUCGUCAAGACCUGCCCAAGAUGUGCAUCCGUGGCAAAGGAUCCGAUCAAAGCUAAACUACAUUCAUGGCCGAAACCGCACUCGCCAUGGACUCGAGAUCACGCUGAUUUUGUUGGGCCGAUGGAAGGACGAUACUAUCUACUUAUCGUGGACGCCUAUUCCAUGUGGCUGGAAAUCAGGCGCUCGUCACGGGGCAACGGAACGCAGUUCACGUCGUCUCAGUUCACUUCAUUCUGCCGUUCCCGAGGAACCUUGCACAUUCGCACGCCGCCGUUCCAUUCACGAAGCAACGGACAGGCAGAGCGUUUUGUGGACAUCUUCAAAAGAGGAUUUGCCAUGCUGAAGGGGGAGGAACCAACAGUGGACGCACUACAGACGUUUCUGAUGGCAUAUCGCUCCACUUCCUGCCCGUCUGCACCUGACCAGCGUUCACGUGCCGAAGCCUUCCUGGGACGCCAACUGCGAACGGAACUCGAUCUAAUGUUACCUUCUAGAGAUCGCACAAACGGUGCACGAGAUCUCAAAAUGGGCUCUCAAUUCAAUCGUCGAAAUGGAGCACGACGCCGCAACUUUGAGAUCAACGACGCGAUUUUUGCCAAAGAUUAUCGAAGUCAGAGACCCACUUAUACUCCCGGUUUCAUCACACGCCGUGUUGGAAACACGACCUACACUGUUUGCUGUGGAAACGAAGUAUGGACUCGACACGUAAGCUAG